GAGCCUCGCUGUCACCGAGGACUCUUUCCUGAAUGAUACAGCUGUGCACAGAAAUCCCAUUAGUGUGUGUCUGUAAGCAAUGCGCCGCUCGCCUCUGUGUGUGGUCGUGGGCGACGCGGUGUGAUGCAUGUCUUUAAUAACAGUCCAUUAGCGUGUGCGUCUUUGUGUAAUGGACGGUGCUUGUGUGGGCGCAUGAUUGUGGGGGUAUUUGUGUGUGUGUGUCCACGCCAAUGCGCUGGAACAACAUUGGCGACCUUCUGCGGAAUCGGCCGCCGAUGGCCCGUGAAUCGGAGCCGCGGACGCUGUUAUUCCACAUUACUCCCACCGGAUUUAGCUGUUGUCUGUUCCUCGACCCGAGCCAUAUUUUUCCUCUUUGUUUUCACAUUCUCUUCCCUUCCCCCCCACUUCUCGAUUCAGGCCUUUUCACUUUCUUUUCUCACACUAGUUUUGCCCUGAGCACAUAUUCCAUCUUUGGCAGACGAUUUGCCCAAACUACUAAAAUGCUUCCCGCGUGGCACAAAACAAGGCUAAAACUUUGACGCAAAUAUCUCGCCACACAUCUACUCAGUGCCCCAACUGAGCUGACAAAACACACAAAUAACUCCUUCGCCCGCAACAUGCUUUUAAUGAGGCUCCAUAGCAGUAGUCCGUUUGCUGCAAGCUGCCUUGCUUUUAUAUCUUGCAUCAAUGUCCCACAUCCUGUUCUGGUCAUUUUGUCGUGGACAUGUGUCAAGACGACUGCAAACAGAGGAUGAUGAGAUUUGACUUUGUGUGUAUGGAAUUGGUGGUUCUUUCUCUAGGGAGCAAAUUAGUGUUUGCUAAAAUGAGUUAGAGAUGUGGGGAGGAAGCCUGACUGGCAGGCACGGUCUGAUCUCAAGCCACCCACACACACACACACACACAACAAUACGUAUCGCACAAACACGCCUCGUUUCUUUGUCUUGCCGCUGAUCAGUGUUAGAUAAAAGCUACUUCCUGACACACAGCAGACUGUUUUUGUGUAUCGGCAAGAAAAAAAAAAUGUAUUUCUGUUGGUCAAAUCAGAUUAGAAUGUUUGGAGAAAUAAUUGAGUUAUUUUAUAGAAUAUUAUUUCGCAUUCUUUCUGCAAUUUAAAAAUAGUUCUUAGGUGUCUUGAUGACAAAUCAUUCACAUUGCCUGUCAAAAUAUGCAAAGGAUAAAGAAUUUACAGCCCCUGUCACACUCUGGUUCACAUAUUAUUUUUGGAGAGGGGGGGUCCAUCUCAUGCAUUUACAGAUCUGGCUUUCAUUACUAUGACAACAGGGGCGAAGCAAGGGCAUGAUGAAGUGAGUGUUGCCAACUAUAUUUAGUGACAACUGGCAACAUUUUAAAAAAUUAAAAAAGAGUCUAAAAAAAAAAAUCUAGCACCUUUUAUUGUGAGUAAUAUUCACCCUUCUGCGUACAUACAGCAAAUAAGUGCUGGCAUUUUUUUUUUUUUAAAAAAGGACUUAAAGACCGAUGACAAAAAUGCUCACUGAUUUGUGAACGAGCUCACCGGCUUAGCCUGAUUUCGCGUCUCCGUUCAGUCAUCUUAUAUUACUGAACAUGCUUUUUAUUGGUUUUCUCAUUUUCCCCUGGUAGGUUUUUUUUUUAGAUUUUCCUUGCCCUUUUGGGAUCUUAAGAUCAGGGGAUGCUUUGAGAAUAAUUGUCAAUUUUUUGUCUAUGUGAAGCCCUUUGAGACUGCUCGUGAUUUAGGGCUAUACAAAUAAACUUGACUUGACUUGACUUGACUACUGCAGUCUCCCUGAAGAAAAAAAAAAGCAAGAAAUCAUCAGCUUUUGACACAGACUCCAAGAUUCAAAUCUAUCUUUGAAUGUGACCUUUAGAGUGCACAGCCAAGCAUCCCAUUUGCAAUUCUAUUUUAUGAAACGCUGGAUAUUAAAGCCUCAGAGAAUGAGUCCUGCAGGCUGGAACGCAAUCAAGCCAUUAGGUGUGGGUGGAGUCCGAGCCAAGCUAUCAUAUCUUUCAUUUCCUCAGAAGGCCAAAGCAGAGCUGCUCCCAUUUUUGUGUGAUUGUUGUAAUGGAGUUAUGGGGAGUUUUGUUUGGGCUCCUUUUGUCAGGUGGGAGUCUUUGUGCCGCUUUAAAAAGCUUCAACACAACUUCCAUGCCAACCAAAAGAGCGUGGACAUGGACAGAGCCGCCAACGCAGCCAAAAACAACAGAUCAUCAGUCAAAUAGGACCUCCCCUGUCAACCAGCGGCUCUGGAUCUAUCAGCUGAAGAGGCCUGCUGUUGAAGAGCAUGCAAAAAGGCCGCAAACACAGGAGGCCAGUGAGCCACCGCCCUCUGUCCAAGAUCACAUGUUACAGACCAUAAUUGAGGGUCCAGAUCUUGACCCGCCCGCUGAGGAGGAUCCAAAGAUGGCGGUUGACUUUAAACAGCGGGUACCUGUGCCAGCUGACAGCCUGGUGGUGCAAUGUGGCGAGGGAGAGGUCAUCAUAGAGGUCAAGCAGAACUUCUUAGGAAACGGUCAGCUGAUCCGUCCGAGUGAUCUGACCUUAGGAGGCUGCAGCCUGCUGAGCGUUGCCGACCACAUGCUACGUUUCCAGACGGAGCUGCACAGCUGUGGCAGCAGAAAAAAGAUGACAGAUGAAGCCCUCAUCUACACCUUUUCACUCACCUACUCGCCAACGCCAGUCGGCAGCACCUUCAUUUUUAAGACAAACCCUUCCGAGGCGUUAAUCGAAUGCCACUAUCCGAGGAGGCACUAUGUGAGCAGUGAUGCCAUGUUGCCUCAUUGGCAGCAGUUUGCGUCUAGCCUGUUAACAGAUCAGCAGCUACACUUCUCCCUGAGGCUCAUGACAGAGGAGUGGCAGCCGCAGAGGUUCCCCGGUGUUUACGACGUGGGCGAGAUGAUGCAAAUCGAAGCCUCGGUCCUUCAGGGCUAUCAUAUUCCAUUGAGGGUCUUUGCUGACAGCUGUGUGGCCACCAUGAGCGCCUCCCCGAAUUCUCAACCAUCAUAUACCUUUAUUGACAAUCAUGGGUGUCUAGUAGAUGCUACAAUGACAGGAGCCAAGUCAUACUUCAUGCAGAGAAGCAGUGAGAAUAAACUUGUUUUCCAGCUGAAAGCCUUCAAUUUCCACCAAGAUCACAAGAAUCCGCUUUACAUCACAUGUCAGCUGCUAGCAACUACCCUCUCUGUUCCAGUCAACUCUCAGCUCAAAGCCUGUUCAUUUUUAGCUGAAGCCAAAAGAUGGGUGGCGUCAGAUGGGGAGAACAAGGUGUGUAGCUGUUGUGAAAGCAGCUGCAGUGAGCAGCGACGGAAAAGAAACCUUGGAGACGAUGCCGGUCUCUUUCCACAGUGGGAGGGGACAGAUCAUCUUGGCCCCAUCCAAGUGGAGGAGGACAUGUCGCAGCCAGAAUCCAGUUCUAAUCUUCAGACAAAAGACGUUACACAAUCGGCCACACUGUGUAUGUUGGGGACAAUGCUGGCGGUGAUGCUGCUCACUGUCAUGAGUGCUGCCAUUUGCAGCAGAAUGCACAAACCCGCUGGAAAGUCUAAAUGGCCUGACGUGGCACCAUGCUACCUCCUUCAGGUCAAUGUGGGUACUACGACAAGCUUCUGCUAUGAGCAGGACAAUCGUGGAAUAAUCAUGGAGAGAUGCACACAUUGCUAG